CACGCCCCCAGCCACCUCUCCAGCAUGGAGGAGCGGCCCCCCGGCAGCCUGAAGCCCCACCUGGACAAGCUCACCCUGGGGGUGACGCGGAUUUUGGAGACUUCUCCAGGAGUUGCUGAAGUGACAUUUGUGGAAAAGGAGCCAGCCGACCGCCAUGCAAUUAUUUCAUGGGAACAGAAAAACUCCUGCAUAUUGCCAGAGGAUUUAAAGAACUUCUAUCUCAUGACCGAUGGCUUCCAGAUGACCUGGAGUGUGAAGACUGAUGAUACCCCAAUGCCCCUGGGCUCCAUGGUGAUUAACAGUAUCUCAAAGCUUUGUCGGCUUGGGGGUUCCUCCAUGUACGCCCUGCCUAAUGCACCGUGUCUCGCUGACCUGGAAGAUGACACGGAUGAGGAAGGUGAUGAAGACAAACCUGAGAAGCCACACUUCGAUUCUCGUAGCCUUAUCUUUGAAUUAGACCCAUGCAACGGGAAUGGGAAAGUUUGCCUUGUUUAUAAGCACGCUAAACCAGUUGUCUCCCCAGACACAGAGAUAUGGUUCCUGGACAGAGCUCUGUAUUGGCAUUUCCUCACCAAAACCUUCACAGCCUACUACCGCCUGCUCAUCACUCACCUGGGUCUCCCGCAGUGGCAGUAUGCCUUCACCAGCUAUGGGGUGAGCCCCCAGGCCAAGCAAUGGUUUAACAUGUAUAAACCUAUAACCAUCAACACAGCUCUCCUCUCUGAAGAAGCUGAUUCCUUUGUGAACAAGCUGGACCCCAACAAGGUAUUUAAAAGCAAGAACAAAACUCCAGUGAUGAAAAAGAAACCACCUUCCCAGCCAGCAGGGGCCCAAAAGAGCCACACUAGCAUGACCUCCUCCAAGACUUCCUCGCUAGCUGGGAAUUCUUCAAAGAAGCGAGACCCCCAGAUCUGACCCCAGACAGCGUUUGCAGUAAGCUUUGAUAUGUUCUGAUGCAGAGUCUCAGCGAUUCAGACCAAGCUCCUUGUGCAUGAAGAGAUGUGCCCAUGGAAAACGCACUGCAGUGUUUGCAUGAAAUAUAACCACCAUGUACUUUGACAUGGGAGGGAUGUAGUUCCAGGCAACUCUGAGAAAAGCCUUGAGACACUGAUUUAAUUCCCUCCUGCUACUUGGAGUAUGCACUUUCCAGAGGACGUGAUUAAGCCCUUGAUGUCGGUGCUCUGUGGGGAAGCUGUUAUUCCUGUGCGACUACAGCAGUGAAAUGAAAGUAAAUGUAAGUCACUGUUACUUUAAUGGACCACUCAUGCUGAAUUACAGCAUAAGGACAUUUCUGCCAUCUCCUUUGAAAGAAACCUGUCCUGACCUUGCAUGCUAUGGGAGCAGGCUGGAACCCACAGAACAAAUAAUUAUCUUCCACUUCAGACAGACUCAGACUGCAUUCCCCUGUGCUCCUUCCAACUUCUGCUCUGAGAUUCACAGUGCAGAGGGACCUGGGGCUUCCGUAUCUCUGUGUUGGCCUAGAACUUGCUCUUACAACCCAGACCACUCCUUGGCCUUUGUGCCAUAUCUUUUCGAAUAAUGACAUUUGUGUGAUGUCCUUUGCAAAGCUGAGCAUUCAGCCUUUGUCACUUGUUAAUUGGGCAGAAUCUGACCAGGGGCCACUGAGAUCCUGCAGCCCUACCAGCCCCUGAUGCUGUUUUCUGUACUGGAAGUUUUCAGGGUAGAACUGCACUUUAACCCAUUCACUGCUGAUUUUCAGUUGCAUCUGUUUCCAUUACACUUAAAUGCCAUUCUGUCCUCUUAGAUACGCUGAAAAUGCAUGGUAGCAACCAACCCCUUUUGUGCCUAAGCAGGGAAAUAAAAGUCACCAUCUCCAAAUCAGCUUUGAUUAUUUAAAGAGCAGCAUCUUUUAUUUAUGAAACAGUCAUACAAUUACAUACGACCAACCUACCUCACAGGGAUGUUGUGAGGCUUUUGCAAGUGUUUGCAUGGCCUUCAGAAAGAUGAAGCCUGUAAGCGCUUAAUAGUAUUUUAAUAAAGAUUUAAAUAUUUUCCUCCAGAGUGAUUAAGUAUUUGAAGAUGCCUUUGGCAGCACAUGUGCUAGGAUGUACAGUAACAACAGAGUGCAGGCUGGUUUGUUUUUGUUUUAAUGCAGUGCAGAAUCUUACAUUGAGAACAGACAGGCUAUAGUGUCUUUUAAGCUGA